AUGACAACUAUGGCUGCUCCGCUAAGGAAUAGCCGUUACACGAUGUCCGAAAGAAAUCUUGGACUUAUGAUGGAAAUAAUUCGAAAAGAUCCGGAAUCCUAUAGAGAGGAGUUCUUAGAGCAAUUCGAACAUUAUCUUCACACUAUGAAACUUCUUCAUUUGCAACCACAACAACACAGAAUGGAACUACAACCUCUUCUAGAAUCAGUAACUUUUCUCUCAGGUCUUGCAAAGCAUUACCCAGAACAAGCAAAGGAAUUUUCCUCUCACAUGAUAGCUGUCCUGCGUGAACAAGGCAAUGGCCUUGAUCCUCACGUGAGGAUGUCCUUCUGUAAAGCCCUUGUACUGUUGAGGAAUCAAAGGCUUUUAGAUCCUAUAGAGUUCAUGGAUAUCUCUUUCGAAUUAGUAAAAAUUGAGGAUAAACAACUAAGAAAAUUCAUUAUUGGAGCCAUGUCAUCUCUUCUAAAGCGUUUAUACAAUCAGAAGAAGGAUAUUAAGAUGUUAGGAAAGAUCCAAAACUUCUGCUUUGCAAAAAUGAAGGAUUCCCGCGCAAUAGUGGCACGAGCAGCCCAGUUGAUCUGUAUUGACGCUUUCCGAAAGAAAUACUGGCGCGAUGCUAAAUGUGCUAAUGUAAUUGCUGAUGCUUGCUUCCAUAAGGUCCCAAAAAUCCAGGUGACGGCUAUGAAAUUCUUCUUGGGCUCAAAGAAAGACGAGGAUGGUGAGAGUGAUGUCAGCGACGACGACAGCGAAAGUGAAGAAGAACGCAAAACAAUUAAAGAAGUAAUGACUGCAUUCCGCCAUGCGAAGAAAACUAGGAAGAGAGCGAAGGAUCUCGAAAGGUCAAAAAAGGCAAUAAAUAAGAAGAAAAAAGCCAAAAAAGAAGGCCGUAGCAAAGAGUGCAAUUUGCUGGCUAUUCAGCUCUUGUACGAUCCUCAAGAGUUCGCUGACAAGCUAUUCCGCAUGCUUGAAAGCAAAAAAAUCGACAAAUACGAGGUCCGACUUUUCCGUAUUGCGCUGUGUGCAAGAGUUAUAGGAGUGCAUCGUCUGCAUACACUCAGCUUUUACUCCUAUUUGCACCGGUAUUUGCAACCAAAACAAAGAGAUGUUACUCGAAUUCUUCUGUAUGCAGCACAAGCUUGUCAUGAAAUGGUUCCGCCAGAUACAGUAGAACAGCUUGUUCGCACUAUUGCUAACAAUUUUGUAACGGAUAGGAAUUCUCCAGAAGCAAUCACAGUAGGCAUUAACGCCAUCCGAGAAAUAUUCGUCAAUUGUCCUUUUGCAGCUACUGAAGAGCUGCUUAGAGAUUUAGCCGAGUAUAAAACGUACAAAAAUAAGAACGUAUCCAUGGCUGCUCGAGCUCUGAUUACGUUGUUUCGUGCGGUCAAUCCACGUUUGCUGGCUAGAAAAGAUCGUGGUAGACGGACUGAUGGUGGAGAAGAGAAGGAAUUUGUUGGAUUCGCAAAGCCUGCGGUAGCAGAGUUCGUGCCCGGCGCAGAAGUACUGGAAGAGCAUCGAGAGGAAAAGGGUGAAAUGGAGCUGGAUGAAUCGGAAGACGAUGAGAGCAUCGAGAUAAGUGACGUGGAUACUGAUGAAGUUGAUUCUGAUGACGAGGCUCCCGCGAAGAAACGCGUUAAGGAAGAUGAAGAAAAUGAAGAGAUAGAGGAUGAGAGUGAUGACGAAGAAAUGGAUGAUGAAGGAUGGGAGACCGACGACGGAGAAGAGGAAGAGGAUGACGAAGAUGAUGAUGAGGAGAUCAUGGAUGAGUGUUCGGAAGAUGGUGCAGAAGUAGAGAUGUCCUAUCAAGAGAGCAGUUCAACGAUGGGAACAUCGAAGGAUUGCGAACUUGAUCCCAAGAAGAAAGCAGAGUUAAUCAGUACUGAUCGAAUACUUACACAGGAAGAAUUCAAGCAAAUCCGUUUAUAUCAACUAAAGAAAAAGCUCAUUGGGGAGAAACGAUUAAAAAAGCAACUUGGAAACAACAGGAAGAAUGAUGACGUAAGAUUAAUAGAAGAACUAGGAGAGCGAAUGGAAAGGCGUGGUGAUGGUGAUGGAUUGCCUCGUCUAAAAGACAUAGAACAAUUCCACAAGAAGCGGAAACAAACAAAAGAGGAGCGAUUGGCAGACGUAAGGGAAGGACGUGAUGAGGAUGUGAAGUUUGGAAGACCUAAAAAGAAUGGUCCUCAUGUUGGUCGAACAAAUCGAGAACUUGCAAAGAAGAAAGUGUUCGGCAUGGUUAAGGCUAAGGUCAGAGGAAAGAAUCGACAACGAUCGUUCCGUGACCAACAGAAAAGUUUGAGAAAUUACUUGCUGAGACAGAGUGGACGGAAACCUCAGUGA